AUGAGGAACCACCUCCUCCUACUGUUCAAGUACAGGGGCCUGGUCCGCAAAGGGAAGAAAAGCAAAAGACGAAAAUGGCUAAAUUCGUGAUCCGCCCAGCCACUGCCGCCGACUGCAGUGACAUACUGCGGCUGAUCAAGGAGCUGGCUAAAUAUGAAUACAUGGAAGAACAAGUAAUCUUAACUGAAAAA